GGCAUUUAUUAAGGGGCGAGGAAGCAUGGUACUCGAGUGCAUUACCAAGGCGGGCUCCCAUCUAGGCCUAAGUAUCGGAUGAACAAUUAUGACAAUGUAUUUGUCCCCUAUCAAGCUAUCAGGGCCCGCCGACCGGAGAUCAUUGCUGGCUAGAGUGGCCACUCGUCUCACAGUCGACAAGUAUCGUCAUAGAUAAGUCAUCAACGACGCAAUCAGUCACACUGGGCGUCCUCCGGUCCCACCUGGACUCGCAUAUAUUCGGGUACGCUUGAAUGCGUAUCCUUGUCGACCAUUUCCUUCUUCUCUUCAACGAGAUAUGUCGGACAACCCCUCGUUUGUCCUGAAAAGCGUUGAGGACGUCGCCUUCGAGCAGCGCCCCAUUCCUGAAAUUGAGCCCACCGAAGUGCUCGUUGAAGUCAAGAAGACCGGUAUCUGUGGCUCUGAUGUUCACUACUUGCUGGAAGGACGCAUUGGAGACAACGUUGUAGAAAAUCCCAUGGUUUUGGGCCACGAGUCUUCGGGUGUUGUGGCUAAGGUUGGGAGUGGCAUUACCAGCCUGAAAAAAGGGGAUCGUGUGGCUAUCGAACCCGGUGCAACUUGUCGCAGGUGCGAGUCUUGCAAAUCUGGACGCUACCAGCUCUGCCCCGAUGUCCAAUUCGCUGCCACGCCGCCAGUUGACGGCACUCUCGGGCGCUACUACCGCAUUCCCGCUGACCUUGCUUACCUGCUUCCACCUCAUCUGACUUUGGAGGAUGGCGCUAUGAUGGAGCCCCUGUCUGUCGCGGUCCAUGCCGUCUCCACCCUUGGAUCUUUCAGAGCAGGCAAGAGCAUAGCCGUAUUCGGGGCCGGUCCCGUCGGUAUCUUGUGCAUGGCGGUCGCCAAAGCCAUGGGGGCCUCUCGAAUCAUUGCCGUCGAUAUCGUUCAAGGGCGACUAGACUUUGCCAAAUCCUACAUCGGAGCCGAUAUUUUCCUCCCUCCGUCUCCGGAAAAAGACGAGUCGAAAGCUGCUACAUCAAGAAGAUCGGCGAAAACAAUGAAGGAGCAGCUCAAGAUCACGGAGCGCGGGGCCGGCAGCAUUGAUUUGGUUAUUGACGCCAGCGGAGUGGAAGUGUCAGUUCAAACUGGCCUGCGCAUUUGCAAGGCCGCCGGAACGUAUGUGCAAGUUGGAAUGGGCAAACCAGACGUCACGGUUGACAUGGGAGUUAUCAUGCAAAAGGAACUCCAGUUGAAGGGGUCUUUCCGUUACGGGCCCGGAGACUAUCCGCUUGCUAUACAGCUCGUUGCUGAAGGCAAAAUCGAUUUGAAGCCGCUCGUUAGUCACAGAUACAAGUUUGAAGACGCUGAGACAGCUUUCCAGACCACACGCAAUGGUAAGAGCGAAGAUGGGAAAGGUGUCAUCAAAGCGAUUAUCUCUGGCCCUGGUGUUGCGGUAGAUUCGAACUAAAACGGAUGUCGUUACUUCAUUGGAGACUGCAUGCAGAUGUAUAAAGG